GGGGGGGUAAUGAGCCAAUAAAAGAAACAAAUGAGUCCGCACAGAGUGAAUAGUCACGUGGUGUGAGUAAUACGUACAGAGUGCACUGUGCGUUGCGUGCCAGAAGUCAUUGAGCGCGGUUACUAUGGAAACGGAGAAAAAAAACUGUCAUGGCGUCCCUGUUGACAGAUCCGCUGUUUGAAAUCUCAGGACGGGGUCCCUCAACAAAUAAAAACUACUAUAAUUGUGUCGUUACUAAGGACGACGUAAUUUGGAGAUGGUGGAUGAUAUCUCCCCGAGCUGUAUACAGGCUUUCAAAGCCCGGUCAAUUGAUCAUGUCACAUGAGGACUUCCUGGAUGACAACAAACUACAAAAUGACAUCCGCACGAUCUUUGGCUAUGGUGCCUUGCAGUACACCAAGGCUCUAUGCCAAGGCCAGUUUGAUUACCUGGCACGUCUCCCUGAUUCUUUACUUCUGCAAAUCGUCAACCACCUGGAGAUAGAAGAUGUGGGUCAACUAGGGCGAACUUCGCGCAGGUUCAGGCAGUUAUGUGGCUCAGAGGAGUUCUGGGAGCAGGCAGUUCGGCGCUGCUGCAAAACAGUUUCCCCCGAGGUUCCCGCCCUGGCGCAAGAAGUGGGUUGGCGUAGCAUCUUUUUCACCAACAAGUUGCAGCUGCAGAAACUCAUCAGCCGCCGCCGGCUGAGGGCCGAAGAGGAGAAGACCGAGCUGACUCCAGAGAAAAGGUCAGAGACAUCUCGUUCCGCCCUAAAACCAGUCGCUGAGGUGGAACACACAAUGGAAGGAUGAGAGCACAAAAAAUAAAAUAAAAAAAUUAAACAAUUCCAUAUUUU